UUUUUCCUAUGUUGCUCGAACUGCUCUUUCAUCUUCAGCUCUCAAAUUAAUCCGUUAAUCUUGGAAUUUUAAGCUUGAAUGACAAUUUUUUGAGGUCCCAGGUCGUGCAAUCGCAAAUUUCAAGUUUGAGCUCCGAUCUGGUUUUGGACGAUUGUUUCAGGAAAAGGAGGGUUGUGUGGGGGUCGCCAUCCUCUGGCGAACCUCCCAUUGCAAUUUCCGUAGCUCCAACCUUCAUCAAAGUCCAGAAACGAAGGAUUCGAAGUUGAAGACUACUGUUCAUUCGCAGUUCAUAGCAGAAUUGAUUUCUUCUGAUUUCUCAACUCUUCUCGGUCAAUUUGAUUUCUAAAGCCAAAUUGGAGAUCAUCUUGCUGAAACGAAGCUAAGGACACAUCAUUGGGCUCCUAUAAGUCGGUAUUCAGCUUUCUCCCAGUUUCUUGGCUACUGUUGAUUGUUUGCAGGUUACUCUGCUUCUUUAAAUUCUGGAAAUUUUUAUGGCCUGUUCUGGGAAUACAAACUGUACCAGUAGUUUCGGAUUUUCAAGGGGAAUAUAGUAGAUUUUUUUCAGAAUUUUCUGAGCAUUUUCUGAAAAAAGGUUACUGCUCAUCCCCUACUGCCUUAGACAGACCGCUACAGUGAUUUCUGCGAACUAAAUACUAGUUAGGAAUUAUUUCUGGAUUCCGUACUUGUCCAUUCUUCAAAAGGAACAUACUGGGUUGUUCCUCAUCUCAAGGGGAACGUGUGAGAGUAUCUUGAGAAUUUUCUAACCAUGUCUUGAGUGUGGAACGUACUGUUCAUCUUCUUCCCCAAUGACUAGGAAGAAUAAACAGUCACGCACCCCUCCUUUGAAGGACCAUCAGUUUCAGGAGAAAUUCAAAAAGCUCCAAGCUAGACAAGCUGAAUUGGAUCUCAUGAACAAAGGGGAUGGAACUCGCAAGGAGGUCUUACCUCCCUAUGUUCCUAAGGAGGCUUCCAAAAUGACUAUCAAUCCGGUAGUUCCACUUGUGAGGCAGACUGCUUCCUCUAAUGCCGAGGCCUCGAGAGAUUUCUCUUUUGUGCAUUCGGCUAACUCUACCAGUGAUCCUACUCCCAUUCAUGCAGCUAACUCAAAGGAACCGUCAAUUGAUGGUAUUGUUGAUGAAGAAUCCGUAACCCUUGGGUCGGAAGAUACAGCUCCUAGCUAUAAGGAGGACCUUGGAGAUCAUGAAGAACCGGGGGUUAAGAAGCCGUGGGUGAACCUUUUCCAUGACAAUAGAUCACUAUCUCAUGGGAUGAAGCUAGACUACAUCGAACCAAAGGGCGAAGUUGUGGACUUCUCAAACCGUAAGCUCCCUACUCUCAUUGAGAUAUGGGGAUUUUGUUUGGUUGGCUUUUUUGCAGGUAGGUUCCCGGGCAUGUGAGCUAUACAAGACCUCACCUUAAAGUGGGGUGUACAAUGUAAGAUCAAGUCCCAUGAUAAGGGAUGGGUUAUCUUCCAUUUUCAAAGUGAGGAGGACCGUACCAAGGUGUUAGUGGAGGGACCUUAUUCCUUAUAUGGGAAAGCACUUUUUCUCAAAGUGUUAUCCGAAGAUUUUGAAGUUCAUGAUGAAGAAUUCCUAAAAGUUCCAACAUGGAUAAAGUUCUCGGGGCUCUCGGUUAGGCUUUGGAAUAAAGAAGAGAUGAGUGAGCUAGCAUCUCGGGUGGGGAUGCCCAUCAUUGCCGAUAAGGUCACUCAAGAUAAAGCUAGGCCUAAUUUCGCUAGAGUUCUUGUGGAGAUUGAUGCUACCAAGCCACCCAUCUUGCAAAUUCCUAUCAAGCUUCACACAAUUAAAGUCACCUGCUAUAAGCCAAGGCUCCCUAAUUUGGUCACCUAGUAUAGCAAGUUCAUCCCAUAACGCUUCACGCUCCAGAACGAAUUUAAAGAAGCAGAGUAACCUGUAAACAAUCAACAGUAGCCAAGAAACUGGGAGAAAGCUGAAUACCGACUUAUAGGAGCCCAAUGAGGUGUCCUUAGCCUCGUUUCAGCAAGAUGAUCUCCAAUUUGGCUUUAGAAAUCAAAUUGACCGAGAAGAGUUGAGAAAUCAGAAGAAAUCAAUUCUGCUAUGAACUGCGAAUGAACAGUAGUCUUCAACUUCGAAUCCUUCGUUUCUGGACUUUGAUGAAGGUUGGAGCUACGGAAAUUGCAAUGGGAGGUUCGCCAGAGGAUGGCGACCCCCACACAACCCUCCUUUUCC